UUUGACCUUGUUUUUGUUGAUGUUUGACUGGAUUGCGGCUGCGCGCGGCGCUGUUCGUUGUCGGAUGACGCGUUUUGUCUGGAGAACGACGGACAGAGACAGAGAAAGAAGAUAGAUGAAAAGUGAGCUCGGUGCAGGGGAGGGGCAGCAGUACCCUUGUAGCUCCUCCACACGGACGAAAACCUAACAAGCCUGCCCUAAAAACGACCUAAAUCCAACGGAUCGGUGAUCGGCCACUGCAACGGAAUCGGACGGUUAUUCGAUUUAGAACCGUCCGACUCGACUCGGCUGGAUUCGAUUAGUCGCGCCGCUUCACCAGCCCAGAGGCCGCGAAACAACCCCAUCGCCAUUAUAUGACCCACUUCCCAGCGUCGCUGCUGCCCUCCAUGUGGGUGAGGGACCUGUGCGUGUCGGGCUAUGGCGAGAAAAACAGUUAGCAGGAAAAGAAAAGCAGAGGAGCCCAAGGAACAACAGUUUGACUGGUGUCAGUCUGCGAUUAAGCGUGCCCGCUUGUCCAGCUCAGCGCGUCAUGCCCAGCCCUGGUGGCAGAGCCGGCGGUCGGUGGUGUGCUCUGUGAGAGGAAGGGAGUUCCGCCCGCAGCAGCAGCAUGAGUGGAGCUUCCAGCGGAGUCUGCGUGGAUUCGCUGCCGGACGCAUCCCAGGAAUCCUCAGAGAGAGAGAGUUCGCCCUCGGCCGCCUUAACAAGGUGUUCGCUUCCCAAUGGCUCAACCACAGGCAGGUGGUAUGUGGGACCAAAUGCAACACGCUAUUUGUGGUGGACGUCCUCUCGGGACAGAUAACCAGGAUACCCAUGCUGAAAGACAGAGAGGGAAGGGCAGAGGUUUCCCAGGGUUUGAGAGGAGUGGGAGGCAAUUUCCACUUCCACAAUCCAGGAUCAGUCGGCAGUCUAGAUGUCCAGCAGGGAUGUGGCAUCCACGCCAUUGAGCUGAACCCCUCUCGUACAUUGUUGGCCACUGGAGGAGACAACCCCAACAGCCUGGCAGUGUACAGACUUCCCACUCUUGACCCUGUCUGCGUCGGUGAUGAUGGACACAAUGACUGGAUAUUCUCCAUUGCGUGGAUCAGUGACACCAUGGCAGUCUCAGGAUCUCGUGAUGGUUCCAUGGGUCUGUGGGAGAUAUCAGAGGAGGUGCUGACUCAGGCUGAGAAGUGUCAGAAUGUGGAAGGUGUUCCUUGUUACUCCCACAUCUCUCACCGUGCUCUCAAGGACAUCCCGAAAGAGUACACCCACCCCUACAACUGCAAAGUGCGCGCACUGGCCUUCAACAACAGCCAUAAGGAGUUGGGUGCUGUUUCUUUAGAUGGAUAUUUCCAUCUGUGGAAGGCAGAAGACAACCUGUACAAGGAGCUUUCUACCAAACUCCCUUACUGUAAGGAGAAUGUGUGUCUGGCAUACGGUAUGGACUGGUCUGUUUAUGCAGUCGGCUCUCAGGCACACGUUUCCUUCCUUGACCCCCGGCAGUCAUCUCAGAACAUCAAAUCCGUGAGCUCCAGGGAGCGUGGCAGUGGUAUUCGCUCUGUGAGCUUCUAUGAACACAUAGUGACGGUAGGCACUGGCCAAGGUUCCCUGCUCUUCUACGAUAUCAGGGCCCAGCGUUUUCUGGAUGGCCCAUCCAGCUCACCCGGCGGGUACCGGAAUCGCACAGCAGAGGGCAUCCUGAAACUCAGCACAGGGAGAGGAUGGCUGAAUCACGACGAAACAUGGAGAAGCUACUUUUCCGACGUCCGCUCCUUCCCGAACGCCGUAUACACACACUGCUACGAUGACUCCGGCACCAAACUCUUCGUGGCCGGCGGCCCCCUGUGUUCUGGCCUACACGGAAACUACGCUGGCCUCUGGAGCUAGCCUACAUCAUCCCUCCGUUUCGCUCUCACGUACCAUGUGCUUACAGGCCAUCUUCCAUUUUUCUCCUCACUCUUUUUCACUUCCGGUUUAGCUUCUAUACAAGAUUAUCCUCUAUUUCUCAAAGGACCCAGGAGCAUAGAUGUGAUUCUCAACCGUUUUUGUGCUUGGUCUUAUGUCUUUCGAUUUUCAUUUGCCUGUUGUACUCCUGAGUUUACAUGUGUUUUUUUGUGUGUGUGUGUGUGGAGGAAAAAAAGGCAAAGAAAAAAAAAGGCGUGACCAACACUGAUGCCUGAUCUUCUGCAGGAGUCCGGAAAGGAUGAAGGAGGUUUUUUCCUCUGUGCAUCGGCUGCCUGAACCUUUGAGAACUGUGGAAUAGUGUAAAAUAUAUGAAAAUAUUUAACAGUCUCUCUGGGCAUUUUUUAUUUUUUUUUUAUAUAAAAGGCAUGGCAUUUUGAGUUUGUUUUGCUGUGUGUUUUUCAAAGACCUGCCGAUCAGCUCCUUUUCUUGGCUCGCAGUGGACUGAUAUGACAUUGUAGAUCCUGAAAAGGCUGAGAAUCGGUAUUCAAAGAUGAAUCUUGGUGAAAUGAACGGACAGCCUGACCUGUAACCUCACUGUAGAAACUGAGGUCAAAACUGCAGUUAUAUGAAGAGCACGGAGUGAACAUGGACACGAGUCGGAUAGCGGUCAAUGAAGACUCACCCGCUGUUUUUAUUUUUCCCUUUAUGUUUUCCAAAAUAAUGGCAGGGAGAGACAAUUGUAAGAAAUCACAGAUACCGUUUGUGUUCUGUUUGAGGUAUCUUGGAGAAUGGCUUUUUUUAUCGCUGAUUCUGUACUAACACACGCAUACGCUUGCAUCAAGAUUGCAAUUUUCCCUCUGUGACACUUAGACUUAGUCUUAUUUAUUUUGUAUUGUUGCCGUCACUAGCACUCAUGACGUUCAGGUACAAUCAUAUUUGUUAGGAUUUUUGCUUCUCAUCAUCUUCUCUGCUUAAAGGCAGGGCAGUGUUGUGUGACAUUGUUGCCUUUUCAGAGUCUUUCUGUGAAAGACUGUUGCAGAUUGAAUUUGUUUAGGCUUUUUCUUUUCUUUUGUCUUUUUACAUGUUAAUCUUCAUGGAAUUGUCACAAAAUUGCUAGUCCAUUGAACACCGUAACAGGCAUAUAUUAAGCAGAAAUUACCCAUCACUU